AUAGCGUACUAUACAUCGCCACCACUUAGGGGACGAACUCUUCAGUACCUGCACUUCACACGCGCACCUCCCCUUCCUCCCCCCAUCAACGUGGCUGACGAAUUCUUCGACUGCUCUCGACUUGAGCACGCCUUCGACACCCAGGAUCAGGUCGACGUCUCUCGUGACGAUCCAAAGAGCAGCGAAGACAGACCUCCUUUCUUCAUCUGUGAUCGGCAACCGUGCCCUAAUCGCACUCCGCGGUCCAUCACUGUUGACGAAGGGCACUUCGUACCAAUCCGACGAGUCCAACACCCCAGAGGCCCUGCACUCCGGUACGCUGGCACCUCGAGAUCUACAUCUCGCCACGUCACUCCCGUCCCAUCCCGACCUGCCUCGCCAGGCACCCGCAUUCCCCAACCUGUCGCCAGUACAGGUCAAGCACGAGGAGAUCCCCAUCUCCCUCGAGGAACUGAGGCAGUCGCACAGCCUACAGCGACCCCUCAAGCGAUCCCCCAGCCCUCCUUGGGGCCGCGGUUGGAAAGGCCUCCCAAGACCGAGCCCCGCGACACUCCGCCGCAUUCUUGGGCCAGCUCGUCGUCAGCGGUCACCACCUCGACUUCAGUCCCUGUCCUACGUCACCCCGCCUCCGGGCUUCCUCAACCGGCUUCACCGCCGUUGCCGCCGCGAGGCCGCUCAAGCACUCGUUCCUCAGAGAAGUCCGCCCGGCGGACAGUCACAACAGUCGCCUUCGUCCGCGGGCAGUCCUUCGUCCCCCUCGUCGCCGAUAAUGUCCUCUCCUGCUGCAGUCCCUGA